GCGCGCUGCCCGGCCCGGCCCCAUGGCGCUGCUCCGCCGCCUGCGGGAGCGGCCCCCGCUGCCACCCGCCCCGCCGCCCCGCCGGGCUCCGCCGCGGCCGCCCUUCUCCUUCGCCCCGCGCCGCCUGCGCCUGGACCCGCAGCACCCGCUGCUGGAGGACGGCGACGUGCAGAGGCACCUGUACCUGCGGGACGCCCUCACGGGCCGGGCCGAGGAGGCGGAGAGACCCAGGGUAUCUGAAUUCUGUUGUCACAUCUCUGGGUGCUCCCAGGUCUUUGACACCCUGGAGGGCUAUGAGCACCACUACAACACGCUGCACAGGAAUGUCUGCUCCUUCUGCAAGCGCUCCUUUCCUUCAGGGCAUCUCUUGGAUAUCCACAUCUUGGAGUGGCAUGACUCACUCUUCCAGAUAAUGGCCGAGAAACAGAACAUGUACAAGUGCUUGGUAGAAGGCUGUACAGAGAAAUUCAAGAGCAGCAAAGACAGAAAGGAUCACUUGGUCACCGUUCACCUUUACCCUGCUGACUUCCGAUUUGGUAGACCAAAGAAAGUGAAAAGUGGCACCAAGCACAUGAGCUGUCCCACGCAGCAGUGUGCAAGUGUGCCAAUGGAUGUCAGCAUGGAGACUUCGGAGCAAUUCCAAGUGGACCCCAUGGAAGUAGGGCCCAGUGAGAGCAUGGAGAUCCCUCAGCCUGCAGCCAGCCCCAGCCCUUCAGUGCCAGAGAAACGACUCUAUAAAUCCAGGGUCCCAUCCACAAUUUGCUUCGGGCAAGGCGCCACCCGGGGAUUCAAAGGCCCAAGGAAGAAAGUCUGAAGCACUAGAGAUAGUCACGAGAUGAAAAGACACCAGCUGCCACCACCAGCAAACAUUAUCGAUGGUGCGGUGGCCAUGCAGGAAUAUUUGCAGUCACAUGCAAGGAUCCACUCCCUUUCGGGAAAGCGGAGACAACAGGGGUUGUGCGGUUUGGGAUGCAUAAAUAUCCCGGGAGGUGCUUUGCUACAGUCCCUUUGUGUCUGCAUACCUCAUCCCUUUGAGAGGAUUUCUGAGCAGAGCCAUGCUUAUAUUCAUCCUCCAUGAGCCACAAAGCUCUCUUCUCUGAUACCCCCAAAACCAAACUACAGAUAAAUUUGUCUGCCUCUGUGCUGCUGAGUUGUCGUGUCUCAUCAGCAGCAGGACUCCUCUGGGUAGUAGCAGCUUUCUAGACAUACCUUGCCUGAUCUUGGUAAAUGAUUUUCUGAACUCCAGACAGUCACACGAAUUGCACAGACUUAAUCACUGCCAAAAAUGCAGCAGGGGUAACACAGAGAAACAUCCACUGUAUGCCCUCUUCUUCUAGGAAGCCCUGCAUCCUCCCAGCCCCAUCAGCUGGCCUGCUGGAUGAGUAUCACACUUCCCUACCAGCCUUACUCACCUGCAGGUGAGGACUGUGUUUGUAUGGAGCAGUGUCUGAGAAGGGCUGUUGGAGUGGCUUAGGGCUGCGCUGCUCCUGAGUGAAACCAUGCAUGCAGAAAAAACAUUAUAUUUGCCAUACCUGUAUCUUCUGCAGUCUUGCCUUCGGUGUACCGAGCAGAGUAUGUCUGAAAGCCCCUAGAUAACAAGGCACAACACUUUCACAGUCUAGCUUACUUUUUGUCUGACGUUUUCUAGCAGCAUUAUUGAAAGAUCAUGGUGCAAACAGCCCUGCUGACAGCAUAUGGACAUGGGGUGGGGUGAACUUCGGUUUCUUGUCACCAGUUGCUAGCAAAAAGUUCCAGCCUGCAGCAGAGCACCGCAACGUGGAGGUGAGAGUAAAGGUGCUGUCUUGCAAUGCAGGUGGAGCCAGAAGGGCAGAAGGAACCUUUGGCCUUUGCCCCAAAUAACUCCAAAAUCAGUUGAUGAUGGAGAUGAUUUUUCCAUCCAUAAAGAAAAAAGAAUCACAGGAGGUUGCUGGUAUGGCAUUUAUCCAAGAAGCUUAGGAUCUGUAAUUGCUUUUUUUCCCUCUCGCCUCUGUAGAAGGAACAAAAGGCAAAAAAAGAUUUAAAAACUCCUUGCAAAUAGGAGCAGAGAGCAAUUUUUAAAGGGACAUAAGUGAUUUCCUUUUGAGUUUUAAAAUGUUUCAUUCUGUUUAAAACAGCUGGUUUGUCCAGCUUUAAUCCUUGCUCCUCAGCUACAGCAGUCCCUGGCCAACAAACCCACUGGAGCUGAGUAGAGUGGAGGGUUAGAGGGAAAUGUGGAAAGGGAGGGCAGGGACAGAGUGAAGGCUGUGCAGAGGGAAGCACAGGUGCUGGGAGGGACAAAUGGGAUGGAGGAUAUUACAGAAGGAGGGAUGCCACCCCACAUCUGGUGCCUGCCACCACCCACAACUUCAGCAGUGCAGCAAGCGCCAUGCACUGCCCUGGGACCUCCAGCAGCAGAGGCAGGCCAUCAAAAAAAGCACAUCCCAAAGCAGGAAGCCCCUAAUGAGAUAUUUCCGUGCUGAGAUAACUGAAAAUGUUAAGUCCCUGAGCCUGCAGGCUCGGGUGCACUGAGGUGUGAAGAUCACACGGGAGAAACCAAGUCUGCUGCUCAGUGCUCCCCCUUGUAUGUUUAGCUCUGAAGCUUCCAUCUGGAAGCAUCUUUCUUCAUUUUUCCCAGACUCUGAGUGUCCACCCUUGGUCUUAAAAAAAUAAGUAAAAAUCAUAAUCACAGA